AACAAGGACUACGCCCUCACCAGCAUGGGCCACAAUCCAAAGUUCGUCGGUCCCGUUCGACAACCUCCUAUUCACAAGUCCGGACCUCAGGAGCUUCUCGAUCCUGAACCAAGGGAAGUCGCCCCUACCAUGAAGACCCAAGGAUGCCUCGAUGGCGAGAAGUGUGCCAGCACCAUUCAAUGGGACAAAUACAACUUCAACGCUGGCACCUGCGAAUCCAAUGGACCGAUCUACCCAGCUGAUCAAGCUCGCGUCGAUUUCGUCAAGAUGAUCGAUGAGGGGGCGCAACUCGAGUACUGCAGUGUAUGUGAGAAGACUCAUAUCUGUCCCGGUCCGCCAAUCACACUCCCAGAUCGCGAUACAUGUGGUGCCUUCCUCCCUCGCUGGUUUCCAAAGGGCCGCUUUCCAAAGCCUUGGGCUACGUAUCUCGAGCUAAUGAGCGAUAUCACCACGAUGGAGGCCUUCAAGAAUGACCCGAAGGCUGUCUGGGACAAGUACUUCCACAAGGCUGAUGAUAAGUGGGAAUCUAUUGGCAGAGAGGACGGUGGCUGGUGGAAGUGUCGUGUUGGCAGCGAUGCUAGCUGGGCAGAACUCGAAUGCACGCUUUGCCACCGCGCUCGUUACAAUGCCGCGUGGGAACAGGAACAAAGAAAGCAGCGACGAGAUGUUCUAGAGAGACUCAAGAAGUUGAAGGCGUGGAAGGCCAAGCACGAGAAGGAAUGUGCCGACCGCGACAAGGCCGUUGCUCUGGCUAUGAUCCGAGACGGACCACCUCCUAUGGCACUCUUGACUCCCCUCCCUGCGGAGCCAGUUCCUCCUCUGAAGAUUCCCUAUGAUUCAGACGACGGCGAAGGUGAUUGGACCAUGGGACCAUACGCAGGUCAAAUCGUGUGGAAGGCCAAACCCUACAACAGUAAGCCUGUAAUUGUUGAGAAGAGUGGAGGCUCCGAGUCGCAAGAUUUCAAGGCAGAUGAGUUAACUCGAAGCAUCUCGGCGUUGGAUUUGCACCAAAUCGCGGUUGAACAUCACGAAGAAACACCUGUUCAGACAUUCAACGAAUCUGGAGGAGAGGUUAAGAGGGGAAGAAGUUUGACUCGAAAGUCUUUCUCGUCUACAUCGUCUACUCGCUCGCCUAACAAGCUUUUCUUCCGCUGAAUUAUGACACCGUGUAUUUGCAUGGCUUGGGGUAAUGAUGGCAUGGGGAUUCUAUGGCGUUUUAUUUCGACGAUACCCUGGCUCUUACAUCGAUGGCAUGGUUUUCCUCUCCACUUUGAGCAUAUUUCACAGGCGUUCAUGAUGAUUCUGACAUUGGCUGGUCCUUCUCUACUUCACGAAGGUUUACUUUACAGCAUGGCGUUUUUUGAUUUUCUCUGGAUUUGCGUUUACUGAGCAUUUGAUGCGUGGAAUGGGAAAAUGGGUGCUGCUUUCACCCCUAGGCGUUUGAUGACACCUCUGUGGUCGGGCAUGGACGAGCUCAUUGCGUU